AGGAAACCUCUUAGGGUCCUGUUUAAUGAUAGUCAAGCUAAGAGUAUAUUUCAGGAACAACUAGGAAAACAGUUAGGCAGCCAUGUAUGUGAUGCCCACCCCGAUGCAGCAUGGAAUGAUAUCCGAAAAGCUGUGGAAACAGCAGUGAUAUCUGCUAGUAAGGUAAACCAGAAGGUUAGGGAGAAACACUGGAUCUCAGCAGCAUCUAUCGCACUGAUAGAUGCUCGGAAACUCAUUCCACCUGGCUCUGAACAUAAUUAGGAGCGGAGUCAGCUUAAGCGCAAGCUGACAAGAAGUCUACGCAAUGAUUGUGAACAGUGGUGGGUAGCGAAAGCAAGAGAGAUUGAAAAGGCAGCGGCAAUAGGUAAUAGCAGACAAUUGUUCAGACUUGUUAAGGAAACCGACUAUUAGCGAAACACUCUCAGAGAAAGAUGGACAUAUUAUUCAUUCUCAAUCCAGAAGAUUGGAUCGAUGGGCAGAACACUUUAGGGAUCAGUUCAACUGGCCUUCAGCCACACUUCGGUUUCCCACGAUCUCCAGUCAACCUGAAUGGCAAGUUAGUGUAGGUCCUCUGACUCUUUACGAAGUUGAAAAAGCCAUAGGAAAUCUGAAGCAAGGGAGAGCAGCAGGCCCUGACAGGUUUACUCCUGAGAUUUUUAAGGAUGGUGGUCCAGUAUUAGCAGUGAGAUUAACUGAGGUCUUAGGUAGGAUUUGGGAACUGGACGUAAUCCCAUCUGACUGGUCUCAAUCACUGAUUGUGCCAGUCUAUAAGAAAGGACAAAAGUCCUCUUGUGACAAUCACAGAGAAAUCAGUUUGACAAAUAUAGUAUCUAAAAUAUUAGCUUCAAUAAUACUUCGACGCCUAACUAAAGUUCGUGAAGAGCAGACUAGAGAAAAUCAGGCUGGUUUUCGACCUGGACGUGGUUGUAUAGACCAGAUAUUCACACUACGUCAGGUUCUAGAACACAGACACACAUUCAGACGCCCCACAACCGCAGUACUUCUCGACCUUAAGGCGGCAUUCGACUCUGUUGAUCGUGAGGUUCUAUGGCAGUGUUUGUCACUGAAAGGAGUACCAAAGAAGUACAUUAACCUUGUAAAGGCUCUCUACUCGAACACAACUGGUCGAGUGAGAGCUUAUGGCGAACUGUCAUCAGAAUUGAUUACCUCAAGUGGUGUUCGUCAGGGCUGUCCACUCUCUCCAUUCUUGUUCAACUUUGUCAUUGACGUACUUUUAGAGAUAACACUUUCCUCGUCUAGAUUUCCAGGGGUUGAACUUCUACCAGGAAGUUCACUCGUUGACUUAGAAUAUGCAGAUGACAUAGUUUUAUUUGGUGAAGACGCUGACAAAAUGCAGAGUCUUCUGACCACUCUAAGCAACAAUGCAAGCAUGUUCGGGAUGCGAUUCUCCCCAUUCUCGAAAUGCAAAAUGUUGCUUCAGGAUUGGGUUGCAUUGACACCCGAACAAAUGAUAGGGAGUGAAGUAAUUGAGCGUGUCGAUUGCUUCACUUAUCUUGGGAGUCUCAUCAGCCAUUGUGGUCUGGUGUGUGAUGAAAUCUCAGCACGGAUACAGAGGGCUGGACUAGCUUUUGCCAACUUGCGUCAUUUGUGGCGUAGGUGAGAUAUCCGUCUAUCAACGAAAGGACGUGUUUACUGCACAGCAGUUCGUUCCGUUCUACUUUAUGGCAGUGAAACAUGGCCGGUAAGAGUAGAGGAUAUCCGUAGGUUACUAGUAUUCGAUCAUAGGUGUCUUCGAAAUAUUGCUCGUAUGUCCUGGGACUAUCGAGUAAGUAAGGCAGUUGUUAGGAAACGGGUACUAGGUAAGGAUGGCAAAUCAAUUGAUGACGUAGUGAAAUUCAUCAGUUGAGAUGGCUGGGACACGUGUUACGUAUGUCCAACCACCGACCGCCCCGACGAGCGAUAUUUUGUGGUGUAGGAGUAAGUUGGAAGAAAGCUAGGGGAGGUCAGACCAAAACAUGGCACAAAUCUAUGAAGUCACUGACAAGUGGACUGAGCCAUGUUGGUAGGUGUAGACUACCUGGUUGGGAUCUGAGAGACGAUAGCAACCGAUGGUUAGAGACCCUGAAUGACAUGACUCAAAAUCGUUUGGAAUGGCGCAGGUGCAUCCCCUUUUUAUGUUCCCCCAAAUUCUAAUCUUCUGAAUUUAUCAUGUCCCUUUUCUUUUCCUCUUUCCAAAUUUAUUUCAUUGGAUUAUACUCCUUGAAUAACAUCUUUAAACCCUAAUCUUUCCGAUUACUGCUUAUACUCUUACUACCUCUACCACUGUGGGAUUUGAAUCGACAACUGCAUCUCUGUGCUAAUGUGGUAUGGCGGCUCGAACUGAUUUACGUACGUACGAAAUUCUACGUUCUUACUGACUGACUGAGGUAGAGAAGUCUGUAAAUUUUGCAUUGAUUAAAGCGUAUGAGCUUGAGUGAUCGAACUUGAUCUUGAAUAAAUCCAUGGUUCUGUGUUGUAAUCCCUUGAUAUAUUGUGUAUAUAUGCUGUAUGUUCCAGUAAUUCAAGCCAUCUUUUGGAUUCGGAUUAAAUCUUUAUAUAUGUAUACAACACGAUUUUUAUUGGUUUUUAAAUCAUUCUUAGUUCCUACUAAAUUUUUUAUACUGAUGAUCACAGAUUCUUGUUUUCCAAAUAAUCUAUCAUGACUUUUUGUACUAACCUAAAAGUGUUCAUUCGUAUUUAAUCUUUUGCUUCUCUUUUGAAUACAAAAAGCCAAAUUUUCACGAUCACGGUUCCGUUUCCCCAGGAGAUGAAGUAAUGGUACAAGAAACCAAUGAUCCUAUAUUUUCAUCCGCUAUUGCUAUCCGACGAGUAACUCCUCUAUACUGCCGUAUUUCGUUUCCCGAUGGAACCUUCUCAUCAGAUACACCACCAGAGUAUUUGACAAAUGUUAAUUGGUUCAAAGAUGGACCUCCAGAAAAAGGAUCACUUAUUAAAGUUUUAUGGGAUGAUGGGAUGGAAUAUGCGGGAACGUAUGAAGGUACUACUUCUGAACAGUGGGAAGAGCGUGUUAUUUUCUUAAUAAGAAAACACCUGUUCUGCUGGUCAUCUGUCUUGUUUUCUGAUAUCAGUUCAAUUUGAGGGCUCGUGUUCAGUAAUUCGGUCUCUGAAUCAUUCAUCACUUAUUUACUUUGUAUCAAUUCAUCCCUCUCAUCUAUCUGUCUGGAUUGGAUCAAUUUAUUAUAACAACACACAACUUAUCAAAUGACGGAAUUUCGGUUUAUGAUGUGUAACUGCAAUUGUUUGAUAACAAUUUUAGUGUUUUUUUUUGGAAUAUAUUUUACAACAGAAAGUUUAAUGAAUUCAUCUCCUGUGUCUAAUUUAUGGAAAUCAGAUUAGUUUUUUAUGUCGUCUAUUUCGAGUAUUUAUUCUUUUCGGUAUUAAGAUGACAAUCAGUAGUCAAGUAAGUACAUUAAAUAUAUAUUUGUUGUUGUUGUUGUUCAACUUGUAAAAAAAGGUAUCUCAUUUAUUUAUUUUUGAUUAAUUCAUAUUAUUCUCAUAGCUUUUCCCAUAGUUUCAAUUUGUUCAGUAAUUUGUUUCUACUUCACAAUAGGUUCAACUGGAAUCUGGAGAGAUUAGAGUAUUUAAUCGUGAACAGUUUUAUGUACAACCAAAAACUAAAUAUUCAGAUAGUAAGUCAAAACAAUGCAUAAGGUUUUUUCUUUUAUCCAUUCCCUUUUAUCAUAUUGUUAGAUAAAUGUAAGAAAAUUAAUUACUAGCCUUAAUAAGAUUGUUUUGGUUGCAAACUAAAUUAUAUACUAACAAGUAUGAUAUUUGAAAUUAAAAGGAAGUCACGGUGUAGUAUUUUAUUCAUCAGUCUUCUGGUUGGUUACUAACUAAUCUCCGUGACUAAACUCUGAACUAACUAAAUGUCGAUUUCACUUCAAUAAUUGAUUCUUAUUGUUGAGUGUUUUACACCUUGAAGAUGGUCAGCUGAAAUUAAUCAUUAUCUCGCUUUAUUUAAUUAAGCUAAACUUGCAUGGUAAAAUCUUUGGAGACAACUUAUGUGAUAAGUUUUUGUUGAGUCGAUGUUUCUCGUGGGUCAUCCCGAUUUGUCACUAAGUUUUCCAGCUCUCAUCUCGUCCUGAACCAUUAUAUUAUGAUAGAAAAGUUAUUUAAACUGUUACGUCCUCUACUUGAUUACGGCUAAUACGGUAUUCGGCUUCAGUACACAAACACGCAGAACCCACAAUUUCAAAGUCGAAAAAAGACACAAGAAAGCAGGAGAAGUUUUUAUUAAGUGUCGAAGAUGCACAAAAAGGUGUACUUGUAGUUUUUUGGUGUGGGCUAUAACAAUUUUGAUCCAGCCAAUUCACUACUAUAUGAAAUUGUUUAUUUAUACCAUUUUAUUUAUUUGAACACAUAAAUAUUGGUACAAAGGGGCAUCAAAUACAUAUGCACCACACAAAAUUUUUUUCGGUGGAACGUUAGCUGCCCUUGAACCUAGCUCGGUUUGAUAUUGAGUUGCAAGAGAAGCUGCAACUUAUUUACUGACUCCGAUCCGUUUAGGACUAUGAAUUUGUUGGCUACUGAGAAGUAAGGUAAGAUUAGCUUAAACAAGGGCAUGAUCAGAGUUCAGAUAGGUACUCCAAAAGGAGCGGAAGUCUUGUACACAACCACUCCAGCGGUAGCUGAUCGCGAUGUGAUCAAUCUGAGUCCAGGCUUGAGAUGCAGAGGGAGGACGCCAGGUGGCACAUCGGCGAUGACUGUGCCGAAAGUUAGUGCUAGCCAGAAACAGGUUGUGGUCUGUGCAUAGUUGCAGUAGACGGUCCCCGUUAUCUGUCCUGCGACCAACAAGUCCCCACUGGCCACCUAGACGACUCUCUGUUGUGCCUAGACGUCCGACCUGAGCAUUCAAAUCUCCGGCUAAUACUGCAAUAUCUGUCGAACGCACUUUCUGUAGAUGAACUGUUAGCUGGUGGUAAAACUCAUACUUGAUCGCAUACUGGUUGCAAUCUGUCGGAGCAUAGGUAGAGAUGACGAAAUGACAUCGUUUUUCGCACCGAUUUCAUCUUUGAUGAAACUUUCUAAUCUAACAGCACAUAAAUGACUGUUAAUGGGGAUCUAGUCGAUUAGUGCUGUUUCAUCUCGAGCUCUUAAUACGACCCUAACGCCAGCAAAACCAUACGAUGCCACAGGGCCCCCGGAUUAACUCACCUAAUACAAACUUUUCAAAGCGACAGUUGGAGAGCGAAUUUGUAGUACUUCACUAGAGUCUUGAAUAUGGGUCUCCGAAUGACAACAGACGUCUAUAUUGAGACUCUAAAGACAUAGCCAACCUCUUCUGUUGUCCAAUCUGCACAAGUGUGCGAACGUUGAAAACAGCCAGUUUGAAUGGUACACAUGGUUUCAGAAAGACUGUUUCAGUAUUCGUAUUCGGUGGUAGUAUUGAAUUUUCGACUAAUCAGUGAUUCGAAAUCGUUUAGAUAGAACAGAGUUUUCACCAUAAACGAGCUGCUGUGUAAGUUGAAAAAUAAGGAUACUUAAAGGGGGAAUACUAGAGAGUGGAUAAGUGACGUUGUAUAUAAAAAAUAUCGAAUAUGAAUUGUCGGACUUUUAAUCGAGGCGAGAAUAACAUUUUCAGUAAUUAUCGUCAUUUUGUUUGUGUUUUGGUUGUAAUACUGCCCGGGUGCCCAGAUUGAAACAGGUGAUUUUCUUUGGGGGCCACACCCGGAGCCCUUAACCUAAAGGUCUAAUCCACAAGGCAGUGGAGCAACGUCAGGAGAUGCAGUCCCCUGGUAUUUUGUGACCAGUAACUGUCCCGUACGCCAUUUGUUCCUUCAGGAUAAUGGAGCCCUUGUUCACCACUGGUUUGGAAUCAGGAUUUUCUAACUCUUUUAGGUGGACCCUCUGUAUCCACCAACCCAGUUAAAACGCUGGACAUUCACUUUUCGCCCUCCCAGUUUCGUAAACAACACCUCCACUGCGAAAAGACAGUAAGUAGGACCUCCCUGGCAAUGGUUGUAUGCUCGUGGUCAUGUCAGAGCGUUUCAAGAGAGGGAGAGCUGAUUCUCCCCACCCUCGGUCGUCCCGGGGCAUACCACCUCGAUAUUCCAGAAAUUUCUUUCGGAUUCUUGUUGGAUGGAAUUCCUUUGGGAUUUUUAGAGCCUCUGGGGCUUUGUUGCGCUUUGUGAGAGCCGUCCGAACGCCUCGAAGUCAGAGUUUCCUUUGGGGUCUGCUGGUACCUUGAUAACUGGCUUGUGGCUGCAUUCCAUCUUUUUUAGUGCCUUUAUUAUCCCCUUCUUCAUUCUUUUGUUUUUUAUAGUGUCCUUUGACGUUUCCGCCAUUAAAGUGUCAUUUAUUAUCUCCAGUGGUAGAUUCACCUGCAUGUCUUCCGUGUUCCUUGUCCUCUUAUUUUUAUGGAUUUAGUUUGUAUGUCUGGUCAGAGUUCUAAGCGCCCCGCACAUUUUGUACAAAAUAUUUCCCAUUCUUUCUUCAAUAAUUCCAUUUCUCCAUCGAUUUUGGACCUGGUAUGGCUUGACCUACGUCAAGACUACGAGUAUAACUACUUUCUCUUUUUAUGCGGUACCUUGGUGUUGAAAAUCAUCCCGAUAUUACCACUCGUGUCGAAGAUCCUAGCAACGAUUAAUUCAUUGGGCGCAACUAUAUUCUACUAAUCUCUCCAACCCUUUUGGUUGAAGCUGCUAGUAGAUCUUCCGUUUCUACAGGUGUUUUGGUAUCUGGAGUAAACAUUGACUAAUUUUCCACCUAGCUGUUUAUAAAAUAUACUCUUGACAUUUACGUCGUUAAGUUAAACUCUAGUCUUAUUGCUCUGACUCUUCUGCGUUCAGUACGAUGCAUACAAAUGCGUGCUCAUACUAGAACAUGGUCAGAGUCUAGACAUAUGUUCUAGAAUGGAUGACAGUCAUCCACUAAGCAUCUCUAACGACGGCUUUGGGCAACAUGAUGCGGUGUGGACAGACGUAUGUGAUUUAAAUUAAGAGAAGAGGGAUAGCAACAGGAUUGGGAGAUUUCAUAUUUUACGAAGGCAGUUUGGUUUUUCACAAAACAGUAAACCGGUUUUCCCCACCAAGUCUUUGUUCAUUACAAUAAUUUUUUGCAUCCGUCUGUGGGUCGAUUGUGGAGUUGCCAUGUCAGACGAUUCGAUUUCUUAGUUGCAGGUUGAUGCUUGCUAGAAAAGCGUGUUUAACUGAACAUAGUUGAAGGAUUCAGUACUCACUAUAUUUAUACUGAGUUGCAAUACAUUAAUACUAAAAUGACUUUCGGUUAAGUAUAGACUGCUUGCUUGGUUGGGCAUUAAAAUCACCUGUCAUCGUUUUUUGUUUGGGGUUUCAACCUUCUGAAAGAGAACGGCAUCCGUCCCUAUUCCGAAUUUCUACCUUCCCAUUUAGUUGCACGGCGUGUAAGAGACUGACUCUCGGACUGUAGUCCCUGAGAGCCUGUUCUGCUUUGAAAACUAACUUUACACUUACGUUAGUGAGGUCAUGAUAAGCAUUAGUCAGGUCCCCAGAUACACAAAGGGUAAAUCUCACAAACUUUUCAAAUUGACUUGGUGGAGCACUGAUGGGACGUCGUGAUAAGGUCGUAGGGAAAUGACGUCAUAGGGACAGGAGAAUUACUAUGAGGUGGCGAAGGGAUUCGAUCUUGUUCAAGGUAGUUUUGAAUGUCGUUAGGGGUUUGAUGACAGUUGUUUCUUUCGCGGUUGCCCACACUGUAGAAUAUUAUUUUUCAAGGGACCCAACUGAUUAAUUUUCUAACCGUACUUGAAUUUUCAGUAUGCAUAUAGGGAUUAGCUUUAGUGGUAAUAAGUUUGGAAAGAUCAACAUAUCAAUAAGUUUUUACAGAAAGCUAUUUACUUUAACUCAGUCUGUUUACAAGUCCUUUACAAUAUUUUUAUUUUUCGUAGAUUUGGCUUUUGAUGGUUCGUCUACUGAUUAUCCAUGGGCAAUAACAGAUCUUGAAGAUUCAGUCGCUCCCCCGAAUUCAUAACAUGACUUUUACAGUACAUAUAUAUUAACCAUGUUUUGCAUUUUACUGAUUGUACAUAGUGUUUUUAAUAGGAUUUAUUUUUUUAUAGUUGGCGAACUUUUAUAUCAACAUAAAUUCUUAUAUUUCUUGACUAAUUAAUUUUGACUCCGGUUACUUGGUGGCGACAUUUGAACCUAAAAAUGAUGAAUAUAUUUCACACUACUAACUCGUGCGUCUAUUUGCUCAUUAUUCAUAAAUCACUUAACAUUUUCAACAGUGCGAACUGAAUACCUAGCUAAUGAUGUAAAAGCCUUGUGGAACGUAUUUGUUGUUUGUGUGCAUAAUAUUGGCCAGUUUAACUGCCGACUGGUACCGAUCAACACAUAGUAGCUGCACGAUCCUUGAAGCUAAACAUGAAGAUUAGCCUUUGGACAACUGUGAAAAGUCAAUAUAUAACCACAAAGACACUUAAUCGAAAUAUCGUUGCUCGGCCAUGUGGGCUUGAUCAUUCUGCGUGACCUCAACCUUUUUGAAUCAAAUAUAUUAUUCUACUCCCCAAACUAUAUGUGUUCUAAAAAGGUUCAUAAACAGCAUAUUACUAACUAACGGCAGAACAAAUAAGUAUAGAG